AUGGAGACGGGCGGGCGCGGCGCGGCUGUCAGCGGCGGGCGCGCGGCCGCGGGGGGCUGCGGGAGGAAGGCGCGGGCCGCGGCCGGGACCCUCGCGGCAGACAUGGACUUGCAUUGUGACCGCGCCGCCGAGCCGCCGGCCGCCGAGCCGCCGUCGGGCAAGAUCAACAGGGCCGCCUUCAAGCUGUUCAAGAAGAGGAAGCCGGGCGGCGCGAUGCCCAGCAUCUUCGGGGUCAAAAACAAAGGGGACGCGAAGGGCGCGGGGCCGGCGGGGCUGGUGCGCAGCCGGACGCACGACGGGCUGGCCGAGGCGCUGGCGCUGGAGGGCGGCCGCCGCGAGGAGCCGCGCGCGGGCGGCGGCGGCGGCGGGGACGGGGCGCGGCCGGGCCCGGCGGCCCCCCGGGCGGCCCCGGGCGGCGCGGGCCCCGCGGCCGGCGGCUCGGUGGCCAAGUCGCACAGCUUCUUCUCGCUGCUGCGGAAGAACGGGCGGCCCGAGAGCGGCGGGGCGGAGCAGGCCGACGCGGGCAAGGCCGGCGGCAGACAAAAGCGGGGGCUGCGGGGGCUCCUGGGCGGCGUGCGCUGGCGCAGGAAGGACCGGCGGCCCAAGGACGCGGCGCCGGCCGGGCGCGCGGGGGCCCCGGGCGGCCUGGCGCGGCCGGGCUCGCUCACCGCCAGCCUGGAGUGCGUCACGGAGGAGGCGCCCGCGGCCGCGCGCCCGCCGGAGCCAGCAGGUGAGCCCGCGGCGGGGGAGCCCGAGCCGGCCUGCGCCCCGGGAGAGGGCGCCGCGGGGCCCGGGCGCGCCGAGCGGCCCCGCGCGGCCCCCGGGCCCGAGCCCGAGCCCGAGCCCGAGCCCGAGCCGCGCGCCGGGGAGGGCCGGCCGGCCGAGGACGCCGCGGGGCCCGGGGCCGCGCCGGCCGAGACUGCGCCCCGGGCCGCCUCCGACGGCGGCCGCGCGCCCGCCGCCCGCGACCCUGCCUCGGUCGAUGCGCCCUGCGACCCGUCGGCCGAUCGUAUUUGUCUGAUGUUUUCUGACGUGACUUCACUGAAAAGCUUUGACUCUCUUACAGGCUGCGGAGAUAUUAUCGCAGACCCCGAGGACGAGGCAGGGCCCGGCUGUGCCAAGCAUGCCCCCGCGCCGGGCCAGCCGGGCCCCGCCGAAAAGCCCCCCGGCGUGGUGGCCUACCAGGGAGGCGGGGAGGAGAUGGCGAGCCCGGCCGAGGCGGACGACUCGUACCUGCAGGAGUUCUGGGACAUGCUCUCCCAGGCCGAGGACCAGGGCCAGGGGCCCCAGGAGGGGGCGGCGCCGGCGGCGGCCGGAGCGCAGGGGGCACCCGAGGCCCCCAGAGACGCCAGGGCUGCGGAGGCGGCCAAGGACGCGUCCUCGGUCAAGCGCCGGCGGCUCCACCGGGUCCCCGCGGAGCUGCAGCCGAAGGAGGAGCCCGAGCACCCGGACGCGGAGCCGCAGGAAGGCGUCCCCAACGGCGACGAGGGCCGCUGGGACUCCCCCGCCCCCGGGCCGGAGCACGACGGCUCGGGCGGCGGCGCGAGGAAGGCGGGCCUCCCCCGGGACAGCGACGGCGGCGACGCGCUCUGCGAGCUCUGCGCCGAGCCCGACGGAAGCCCCGCGGCCCUGCCCGCCGCCGGCGAGGAGACGUCCUGCGCGUCCCGGCUGAAGCCCGUGUCUCCCGUCACCAUCACCUGCCCCCUGCGCACGCCAGGCAGCCUGCUGAAGGACUCCAAGAUCCCCAUCAGCGUCAAGCACCUGGCGAACCUUCCGUCCAGCCACCCGGUGGUGCACCAGCAACCCGCCCGGAGCGAGCUGCCCAGAACCAAAAUCCCGGUGUCCAAGGUGCUGGUCCGCCGGGUCAGCAGCCGGGGCUUGGCCGGCACCACCCUCCGGGCCGCGGCGUGCCACGACAGUGCCAAAAAGUUGUGA